GAAAUUUCCCUUUCAAUUCAAAGUUGGGACUGAAAAUGAAUCGACAAAAUCAAACCCCAAUUCCCAACGCUCUCAAAAUCCUCUCCCAAUUCGCCUCUUCGAUCAUUACAGUUUUUCAAAUUUCAGAUUCCAUUCCAAAAGUCGUUUGAUCGAUUCGCGAUUCUUUCUCUGUAAUUUCUUUCCAUGGCGUCGCUUCUCAAAUUCAAGCUCCUUUCGACGCACUGCGGCGUCGCUCAGAGUCCCACUUUAAGCCCUAGAACCAGUCCUCUCCUUCACCUCCGCCGCCGUAAAACCACUCUGCGGAUGCUUCUCACUCGGAAUUUCAGCCGCCGGUCCCCUCGCCGCUGCGCCUUGCCGGAGAAGAACAUAGACGACCGUAAGGAUUUGACUCGAGGCAACAAGUUGAAGGACUUGUUCGUUUCGUCGCCGCCAUAUGAUGGAACCGACGCCAGGAUUAACGAGACGGCGAUCGCGGCUCCUAUCCGGAACGUAACUCCGGUUUGUAAGAAGAAAGCCGACGAUCAUAUUGGAUCGGCCGGUUGCAAACCCGGUUCACCUAGACCGGGUUGGACCGGCUUCCGGUACAAAUACUUGCUUCAGAAAACUUGGCGGCCGGUUCUCGCCGGAAUCCCCGAGUAAUGAAUGAUUUAUUAAAAAAACCCUUUCUAUUAUUAAUGAAUUAAUUAUAUAUA